UCCCCCCUGGGGGCUGGAGCGCCGGGCUCCGCCCCAUCGUCGCCUCGAGCGAGCUCCCCGCAGCCCCGGGCUGCCGCCGCUGCCCCUAGCCCGGCGCUACUGCACGCUCGGGGCAGCCUGGGGCGCGGGUGGCGAGUGCAGGGCGGGGAGCGUCGCGGAGGGGAGGGGAAGGGAAAGAAGAGGAGGGCAGAGGAGGAGAGAGCUGGGGAGCUGAGGAGCAGAGGCGGGCGCCGCACCGCCCCGCGACCCGCACGCUCACUGGCUCCGGAGACGCGCGGGCGGGCUCCUGGGCGCACUGGCUGGGUCACCUUGUCCGGGAGGUGCCUGGGCUGGGCUCACUUGAAGGCUAAACCCAGAUGGGACUGUCACCUGGAGUGCGUACACCUAGCCUUUGUCUGGAGCUUCCUCACAGCAUGGCAGACUCAAGGUAGAUUUUGUGUGCCUUAGCUGGCGCUCCAAGAGUGAGCAUGAAUGAGGCACAGAGUACAGGCUUAUGCAGCCCAACUCCAUUUUGUUUUAAUAGAGAGAAGAGGAACAUUUGGGGACCUUCACUGUACCUUCAAUGGCUUGUCUUGCUGGUGGGAUGGGGCUUCAUUUGCUCUACAUGCCUGCAAGCGAGAUGAUGCAGGAGAAAUGGGUCCCAUGAGGCAAGUGUGACCCUGGAGUGCAGCCUGCCAGCCUUACACCCAGUUGAGGAGGGAGAGCACCAUGGAUGGCAUAAUUGAACAGAAGAGUGUGCUGGUGCACAGUAAAAUCAGUGAUGCUGGCAAGAGGAAUGGCUUAAUUAACACCAGAAACUUCAUGGCUGAGAGCAGAGAUGGCCUGGUGUCUGUUUACCCAGCACCACAGUACCAGAGCUGCCGGGUGGUGGGCAGUGCAGCGCCAGCCACCCUGGACAGCAGCAGGAGUGAGCCAGUACAGCAGCUGCUGGAUCCCAACACCCUUCCGCAGUCUGUGGAGUCCCAUUUCCGUCCCAACAUCAUCCUCUACUCAGAGGGUGUGCUGCGCUCCUGGGGGGAUGGCGUGGCUGCCGACUGUUGUGAGACCACCUUCAUUGAGGACCGGUCGCCCACCAAAGAGAGCCUGGAGUACCCUGAUGGGAAGUUCAUUGACCUCUCGCCUGAUGACAUCAAAAUCCACACACUGUCCUACGACGUGGAGGAGGAGGAGGAAUUCCAGGAGCUGGAGAGUGACUACUCGAGUGACACAGAGAGUGAGGACAACUUCCUCAUGAUGCCCCCAAGGGACCACCUGGGCCUCAGCGUCUUCUCCAUGCUCUGCUGCUUCUGGCCUUUGGGCAUUGCAGCCUUCUACUUGUCCCACGAGAUGGGAAGAAAGCAUGGGCUUCCAACUGCCCCCUGCCACCAGCAGGAAGCCCUCCUGGAAAGAAAAGUAGUAAAGACCACCACUUGUUCCAUGUUGGACUCUGGGGCCGGGUGCUCUCCUGACAUUGACGAACAAAGCCGUGGCCAAGGGCGACUUCCACCAGGCCAGCACUAGCUCCCGGCGGGCCCUGUUCCUGGCUGUGCUAUCCAUCACGAUUGGAACUGGUAUCUACGUGGGCGUGGCUGUGGCCCUCAUCGCCUACCUCUCCAAGAACAACCACCUAUGAGCUUCCUCCAGGCACAUAGGAGAAGAACCUGGGGCCAGUUGUGUGCAGAUGCACAGAAGGCAGGGCUGGCAAGGGGAGGACACACAGACACACCUGUGUGAUGCUGUACACUAUAAAUUAUUGCCAAACGACUCCAUAAGGCCCUGGGAUUUUCUACCCAUGGGUUUCUUUUGUUUUUACCCUUUAAUUUCAUUUUCACAGCACUGUGUAGAGCACGAGGCACAUGGGCACUGCUGACCCUUCCAAAGGGAAGCUCCAAAGAUCCUGACCCUCAAGGCCGUCUCUGGAUGGAUUCUGGUGGAUUCAUGACAGUGCAGCUCUCUCUGCAGCCUGCCAGUGCCUGGAAUGCCAUAGCAUUAGCAAUACACAAACAAUUCAAAUGUGUUUAUUUUUUAUGGAAUAUGGUGCAAUAGGCAGAGGGCAGAGGACUCGUCACUUCUGUCUGUGGUCCUGCUUCACUCCUCCAUCAUUUUCCCUGUCCACGAUCCUUCCCUGCAGGAAGAAAAUGGGGCUGGCAGGAAGAGAGACAGAACUGCUGGCAGUCCUCCCAGCUGCCACUGGUCUUCAGAUGGGUCCAGCCCUAAAAAUGCAAGUCCAGAAUCACAUGGGGUCUGUCUCCAGGCCCAGUGGACACUCCCUCCAUGCUGCCCCCAGCCUAGGAACAUUGGGCCUCCUUUGGAUAUGUCCAAAUUCAGCAGCCACCACGCAGCAAUAUGCAGUCUUGGGGCCUCGUUGAUCUAGGGUGGGGGGCAGGCCACAGUCCCUCCCGAGACCCCUCCCAGAAAGACCCUGAAGUUUGCUCCAGGAACUGUAGGCAAAGGAGCUGUGGAUACCAUCUCAGCAUAAAGAUGCCUGUGUUGACACUCACCCUGGUGAUGAGCAGUGACACCAGUGAUCUUUAAAAGGAAAUGAACCUUCCCUGUUGACUAAAUGAAUAGCUAUUUUCUUGUCAUUUUUUUAAGUGCAACUACUGCUUCAUGCUGCUUAAGUUAUCCGAUGAAUGCUGAGAAAUAAGUAAUCAGACAUUUUAAUACCAUUUCACUGCUGUUUUACGAGUGUUCAUUAUUUAACAAAAAUUAUCUUUUA